AUGUCGUCUCCUCCACCGCUGCCUGCUCCUCCCAGAUCAUUGCCUUCUGGGGCGCCAUAUCAUAGCGGCGCAUGUCGGCAAGGUCGCCAGUGUAGGAACGGCUCUCUUCUCGAGUGUCUGUAUGGCCCUUCGAAUCUGGUCUAUGACCAAACCGCGCUCGCCCGCGGCAACUGGUUUCGACACGCGCGUUGGGUCACCAACAACGUCCGCACAGAUAUCGCCGUGGUGUGCCGGCGCACCCCCGAGGAUUUAGAGGGCUUAGUUCGCCGGGUACCUAUGCAAAUAGAGACGUUCGCCGCCGGCCGGGACUGGCAAGUUCUCGUGGUGGGAUGUCAGCUGAAACGCCGACCCUCCCAGGAGAGCAUGGUACAUUGGAUUAAAUGUCCUCGGAGCGAGAGCCUCUGCGGCGCAAAGGUCAAAGAAACGAACGAGAAUCUAUUUCCCUUGCAGGAGGCGGACCUUGCUUUCGCGCUGGAAAUGCUGGAGCGGUCGCCGCCGGCGACCACGGAGGAAAUCGUGCGGAACAUGGAGAUGAGGAUGGAUGUGCGCGCGUCACGGUGUACGUAUAUUAAGGAGCAGCAACAGAAACUGCAGGUUACGGAGGCGACACUCUCAUGGGGGCGGAUAUUCACCGCCGUCGCCCAUAACCUCACGCCGUUCUUGAAGCUGCGGAAGUGGACGAGUCCCUACGGCAGUGACCGUGGAGCGCGGAUGGUCUGCGCCACGCGAACGUAUCUCCUUGUGCAUCUGCUUGUUGCCUGUGCUGUUGUACUGCUCUGUGGCCGUGACCAUGGCUUGCGCAUGUUUGUCGGCCGUCUACGCAUACUACCCACUGCCAAAAUGGGUGAAGCUUGUCACGGACAUGCUGCUUGCAUUGAGUGCCGUCUGGUUCAACUCGAUUGA